AGUUGAUUUUUUUUCUUCGACAUAUUCAAAACAAUCCUAAUAGCAGUCAAAAAUUGUCUGACAAUUUUUCCGAAAAAAGAGAUUUUGUGUGGUAUUCAAAAUGGAUUUCAAUAAAGUAUGAUCUAAUUAAGUGUAAGUUUAACGGCAUAGAAAAAACGGAACUUUGUUUUCUAAAUCAAUUAAUAAGGGUAAGGAUUCACUCUGGACGAAACAAAUAUGAAUCUGCACGAGCCGGUCGAUAUGCUAAACAAGACCCUGGAUGAUCUCACUCCAGAGGAAAAAAUGAGAAUUGAACACAUGAAGUUGCAUGAAAAACACAAGGGUCAUGAGUCCAUGCACGCCGAAAUGGUUGUUAUCCUGCUAGUAACAUUGAUCGUAGCGCAAAUCGUCCUAGUCGAAUGGAAAAAGCGACAUUAUAAGUCUUACUCGCUCAUGACACUGCUAGCACUUUGGUUAAUACCGUUUGCAUUAUGCUUGAGGAAUCAGUACUGGCGAUUUACAUUCUUUUGGCUUAUAUUCAGCUGCAUAACGGCACUGGUUAUGCGGAAGGCACUGAAAAAACCGGUGGCUGGCACCACCCCGCGAUUAGUAUAUAAAUGGUUUUACUUCAUCUAUAAACUGAGCUACGGACUGGGAAUCGUAGGGUAUAUAAUCAUGAUGUUCACGUUCUUCGGACUCAACUAUGUUUUUAAUCAAGCGCCGAAUGUGUGGAUGGACAUUGGUCUAUUGUUUGUGUUCUAUGGAUUGUACUACGGUGUGUUGGGACGGGACGUGGCGGAAAUUUGCGCCGAUAAAAUGGCUGCUCACAUCGGGUACUAUACACCUAAAGGGAUACCUACGCGACACCUGGAACGAAACGUGUGUGCCGUAUGUGGCAAUCAGCUGCUCACAGAGGUAAACGAAACAGGCGUUAUCGAGGAUACGUAUAAGCUGUCUUGCGAUCAUAUUUUCCAUGAAUUUUGUAUACGAGGCUGGUGUAUUAUUGGCAAAAAGCAGACUUGCCCGUAUUGCAAGGAGAAGGUGGACCUCAAGAAAAUGUUCUGCAAUCCGUGGGAACGACCGCAUGUGUUGUAUGGACAGUUGCUAGACUGGAUCCGAUGGCUGGUGGCUUGGCAACCGUUGAUACUGUUUAUUGUGCAGGGGAUCAAUUGGGUGUUAGGAUUAGAAUAGCAACUCGAGAUGGAUCCUCUUUUUCGACGACCGCCACCCAAGCAUUCGUAUGCCUCGUCCUCAAUGUCCACGUCGUACUUGUCACAGUCAUCUUUGUCAUUUGGAAAUGUCAUCGACACCAAAACUCGCGCCCAGCGUAAGCUAGUAUUUUAAUAAUAUUCAUUGCCUCAGUUAUUCCAUGGUAUGAGUUAUCAAUACACAGGGGAUAAAAUUGAAAACAGUAAAUCUGCAAAGUGCUGGCUUUGUGUCUUUUAUUUGAAUGUUUACGGCAUUAUUUUAAAUGUUUCUGGCAGUCGUUCAAUAUUGUUUGAAUGACGAUGGAUUCGAAUAGUACAUUAUGUAGAAUUAAUAUUGCAAGGCCGCCGGGAUAUAGAAGAAAAUGAAGAUUAAAAAUAGUUGCUUACAUUUGCAAUUUCACUGUUUUCAACCCCCAUCUAUUGCGAUUGCCUGUUCUUUGUUUGCAAACUUCUCCUGUGACUGAAGCCAGUUGUAGAAUGUAGUAGAGAUGUGAGUGGUAAUGCUUCUGCAUUUUCAUGCAAAUUUGCACCCGGAAUGAUAGGAUCAAGAACACGGUCAGGUUUUCUAUUGUGUAAUUUGUGGGAUUGUAGAUAAUAUUCAGAAUAAAACACACUUUCAAUACGA